GCAGUUUCGUUUUUAUCUAAAGCUUGUCUGAAGAGUCGCUACUCGCUUUUAGCUAGAUAUGUGAAGCUCAUUUAAAACUCACGAGUGAAAGAAACAACUAAGCACUCUUCCUUUGGGAUGAGGUGAACUAAUGCUAAACCAGAAUGGCUGAUUGACUGUAAUACAAACACGGAUUAAGAGCAGUGACCAGAACUGCUAUAGGAAAUUGAGCACCAUGGCUAAAGGGAAAAAGGGUGGAACAAAGGGCAAAAAGAUUACCCUGAAAAUGGCCAAGAAAGCAAUCAGAGUGACGCCAGAGGGAAAACAACGUCUUGAUCUCAGCAACAUGGGUAUUGACACCUUUCCAAAAUGUCUCCUAAAACUGACUGACCUGGAGGAGCUGGACCUGAGCCGCAAUCAGCUAAAGAAGAUCCCAGAUUUCAUUGGCCAACUCAUUGGAGUGCUCUGGCUCGACCUGCACAGCAACUACAUUGAGCAGCUGCCGAAAAGCAUCGGACAGCUGGAAUCUUUGUGCCACCUCAACCUGUGCAACAACAGUCUGGACUCGGCCGGUUUACCCGCUGACAUUGGCAAUCUGAGGAGCCUGCAGACGCUCAACCUGGGUAUGAACCGACUCACUGCUCUUCCUCCCAGCAUGGCUGCUCUGACCAAUCUGAGAGAACUGGGCUUGUUCGACAACAUGCUCACGGUGCUCCCUGAAUGCCUCCACAUGUUGCCCAACCUUAAAAAAAUCAACACCAAACGCAACCCCAUAGCCUACGCUCAGAGAAACGGCAAAGACACAAAAGCAACCGAGGGCCUGUAUUUGGUGAGGGAGGAAGAUUUGUGUAAGCUUUGUCUGGAGAAAUGUAGGGAGGAAAGGCAGAGACAGGAAAGGAAACAGCUUUUAGGUCAGUCUCAAAGGAAAGGUAAAUUUUCAGGGCUGAUCACACCGAACUCUGUGGCACGGAGUAAUCAGGGGCACUAGAACGUCCUUAUGUUGUCCUUACUAAAGAAACUGAAGUAACUGCAUAACAUAAUAUUGGACAUGUUGUAUACUAUUUUGGCGGUUUGUGAAUAAAUAAAAAUAAAUUGUCUGAAAUUAAUCAAUCUAGUAAAUAAAUAUGGUUAAUAAAACAUUAUUA